AUGUCGGUAUCAUCCGCCCUGCUCCGUCGUCUUCCCACUCUCCUCCCCAAGAAUGGUGCCUGCCUGUCCACUGGUGGUGAUCAAUCGACGAAUCUGAAGGAGGUGCUGUCGAAGAAGAUCCCCGAGCACAACAAGCAGGUCAAGGAGUUCAGGACUCAGCAUGGAAACACCGCUGUCCAGCAAGUCACCGUCGAUAUGAUCUAUGGUGGUAUGCGCUCAAUGAAGGGCAUGGUGACGGAAACGUCGGUGCUCGACCCCGAGGAGGGCAUCCGCUUCCGCGGUUACUCAAUUCCCGACUGCCAAAAGCUGCUCCCCAAGGCUCAGGGCGGUGAGGAGCCAAUCCCCGAGGGUAUCUGGUGGCUCCUCCUCACCGGUGAUGUCCCCAGCGAGAAGCAGACUGCCGCGGUAACGAAGGAGUGGAAUGCCCGUGCCGACCUGCCCGCUCACGUUGCUCGCAUGCUCGACAACUUCCCGGAUAGCUUGCACCCGAUGGCACAGUUCAUUGCCGCUAUUGCUGCCCUGAACAAUGAGAGCAAGUUCGCCGCCGCCUAUGCUCGCGGAGUGCCGAAGGCCGCUUACUGGGAGUACGCCUACGAAGAUUCGAUGGAUCUCCUCGCCAAGCUGCCCACAGUUGCCGCCAUGAUCUACCGUAACCUUUACCGCGAUGGAUCGGCCGUUGGUGUGAUUGACCCGAAGAAGGAUUGGUCUGGCAACUUCUGCACCAUGCUCGGAUAUGACGAUCCGCUGUUCGCCGAGCUGAUGCGCCUGUACUUGGUGAUCCACUCCGAUCACGAGGGAGGAAACGUUUCUGCACAUACCUCUCACUUGGUCGGUUCCGCCCUGUCGGAUCCGUACCUCUCGUUCUCGGCCGCUAUGUCCGGAUUGGCUGGACCACUUCACGGAUUGGCCAACCAGGAGGUGCUUGUCUUCCUCAACAAAAUUGUCGGCGAAAUCGGCCUCGACCACAGCGAGCAACAGCUGAAGGACUGGAUCUGGAAGCACCUGAAGAGCGGACAGGUCGUCCCCGGAUACGGACAUGCCGUCCUCCGCAAGACUGACCCCCGCUACGAGUGCCAGCGUGAGUUCGCGCUCAAGCAUUUGCCUAAGGAUAAGCUCUUCCGUCUCGUCUCAAACAUCUACAAGGUCACCCCGGAUAUUCUUCUCGAGCAAGGAAAGGCGAAGAACCCAUGGCCGAACGUUGAUGCUCACUCUGGAGUUUUGCUGCAGUAUUUCGGAAUGACGGAAAUGUCGUUCUAUACCGUGCUCUUUGGCGUGUCUCGUGCUCUCGGAUGUCUUUCCCAGUUGAUCUGGGCCCGUGGUAUGGGAUUGCCCCUGGAGCGACCGAAGUCUCACUCGACGGAGGGUCUGAAGAAGUUGGCUGCUGCCGCUGCUGCUAAGAAA